AUGAUCAUCCGUUCAAUAUGGAUAGACGAAAGGAUACCUGAUUCGUGGAGACACGCUAUCAUAAUUCCCCUCCACAAGAAGUUAUCCGUCACGGACCCUAGGAAUUAUCGAGGAAUCUCUUUGCUGCGUAUUACGUACAAGGUACUGGAGCGCAUUAUCGUGGACCGACUCAUUAAACAUCGCGAAGAAACAACGCACAACGAGCAAGUUGGCUUUCGUCCUGGCCGAUCUACGAUUGUCCAGGUGUUCAUCGUCAGGAGAGUGAUCGAAAUCUGGCAGCGGUGUUCAGAGCCAAUGCGAUUGGCGUUUCUGGACUUUGAAGUCGCUUUCGACUGUCCUCACCGAGGCCGUCUUCUCAACGCACUGAGCGCCGAUGGAGUACCAGGAAAGUUCGUUCGCUUGCUUGAUGACAUGAAUCAACGAACAACUGCUGCAGUUCGAACACCAGCCGGAUGUAUAACACCGUUUGAAGUGGUAACUGGAGUAAGACAAGUGCAGUGGCAGGACCUUUCCUGUUCAAUUUUCGCUAUCGACGACAUUAUGCGAAGAACAGUCGACCGGUGUCCUGCCGACAUUGUCUUAGCACCAUCAGGGCGCCCCUUGGCUGAUCUCGAGUACGCCGACGAUGUCGUUAUAUUCGCGGAAAGCAGUACGAAACUUCAACGUGUUGUUAACCUUGUAUCGAAGCUGGCUGCAGCCAAUGGACAACGCCUACGCCCUGAUAAAUGCAAGCAGAUGUGGAUCUCGAACGGGAAUCAGGGUGGACGGACAGCCGAUAGAAUUUGUCGAUGA